AUGGCGCUCUAUGAGCUCUUUUCCCACCCCGCCGAGCGCCGCUACCGCGCGGGGCUCUGCUCCAAGGCCGCGCUGUUUGUGCUGGUGGCCGCCGCGCUCACGUACAUCCCGCCGCUGCUCGUGGCCUUCCGGAGCCACGGGUUCUGGCUGAAGCGGAGCAGUUACGAGGAGCAGCCGACCGUGCGCUUCCUGCACCAGGUGCUGCUCGUGGUGCUGCUGGGGCCCGAGCGUGGCGGGCACCUGGCCUGGAGCACGUUCCCGGCCUUCAACCAGCUGCAGGGGGAGCAUCUGCGCAUCCCGCUCGUCUCGACCCGAGAAGAGGACAGGAACCAAGAUGGGAAAGUGGACAUGUUGCAUUUUAAACUGGAGCUGCCCCUGCAGCCCACGGAGCACGUGCUGGGUGUGCAGCUCCUCCUGACCUUCUCCUACCAGUUGCACCGGAUGUCCACAUUCGUGAUGCAGAGCAUGGCCUUCCUCCAGUCCUCCUUCCCCAUUCCCGGGUCCCAGCUGCACAUGAAUGGAGAGUUGAGGCUGCAGCAGAGGCAGCCACUCGGCUCAGGUGGCCUGGAUGUGCGCUACAACGCCUCUGUGAUCGAUGGCACCAGCCCUUUCGCCUUUGACUACGACCUCACCCGCAUUGUUGCCGCUUACCAGGAAAGGAACGUUACCACUAUCUUCAUGGACCCUAAUCCCAUCUGGCUGGUUGGAAGGGCUGCUGAAGCUCCGUUUGUGAUCAAUGCGGUGAUCCGGUACCCCGUGGAAGUCAUUUCCUAUCAGCCAGGAUUCUGGGAGAUGAUCAAGUUUGCCUGGGUCCAGUAUGUCAGCAUCCUGCUCAUCUUCCUCUGGGUGUUUCAAAGAAUCAAAAUAUUCGUGUUUCAGAAUCAGGUGGUGAGCACCAUCCCAGCAACAGCCGUGCCCUCGAGAGAGCUGUGUAAGGAGCACUUGUCAUGA